AUGCUGAGCGCCGACAGGAUGGAUGAGUUUCAGAGCGAGGAAGAGGAGCCCUGGUACGACCAGCAGGACCUGGAGCAGGACUUGCAAUUGGCUGCAGAGCUGGGGAAGACACUGCUGGAGCGAAACAAAGAGCUGGAGGACUCCCUACAGCAGAUGUAUGCCACCAACGAGGAGCAAGUGCAGGAGAUUGAGUACCUGACCAAGCAACUGGAGAUGCUGCGGCAGAUGAAUGAACAGCACGCAAAAGUCUACGAGCAGCUGGACCUGACAGCACGGGACCUGGAGUUGGCUAACCAGAAGCUCGUGCUGGAAAGCAAGACUUCCCAACAGAAGAUCCAGUGCUUGACAGAAACAAUCGAGGGGCUGCAGAACCAGGUGGAGGAACUGCAGAAGCAGGUGGAGGAAAUGAGGAGCUUGGAGCAGCUCCGCAUCCGGAGGGAAAAGAGGGAGCGGCGCCGAACCAUCCACACCUUCCCCUGCCUUAAGGAGCUGUGCUCCAGCCCCAGGUAUGAGGACGCGUUCCAGGUCCACAGCUCUUCCACAGAAUUCAACCAGAAGCCACUGGAGAGGGAGAACGAGCGUCUCCAAGCCAUGGUGAACUCACUGAGAUCCCAGGUGAACCAGGAGAAGCAGCGGAAGGAGAGGGUGGAGCGCGAGUACACCUCUGUUAUCCAGGAGUACUCGGACCUGGAGCAGCGGGUGUGCGAGAUGGAGAACUGCAAACUGCGCAUCAAGGAGCUGGAGGCAGAGCUGCUGGAGCUGCAGCAGAUGAAACAAGUCAAGAAGUACCUGCUCAGCAGAGAGGACAACCUGUCCGAAGCCCUUCUCGAGCCACUGAACAACGCCCCAGAAGCAGAUUACAUCGACCUGUCCGAGGAGGAGGGAGGCAAAAGCCACGGGACAUCCAUGACCCCUUCCCCAAACCACCCCGUGAGGAAAAGCUGCAGCGACACGGCCCUGAACGCCAUCGUGACCAAGGACGCCGUGAGCCGGCACGAGGGCAAUUACACCCUGCACGCCAACAACGUGCGCAAGCGGGGCAUGUCCAUCCUGCGAGAGGUGGACGAGCAGUACCACGCCCUGCUGGAGAAGUACGAGGAGCUCCUCAGCAAGUGCCGGCAGCACAAGGACAGCGUGCGCCACACGGGCGUGCAGACCUCCCGGCCCAUCUCCCGCGACAGCUCCUUCAGGGACUUCCGAGGAGAGGGGCACGAGCUGGAAGAGCGGAAAACUAUGGAAAAGACCAUCAGCAAACAUGUGGAGGCCGUGGACAAGCGGCUGGAGCAGAGCCAGCCCGAGUACAAGGCUCUUUUUAAGGAGAUCUUCUCCCGCAUCCAGAAAACAAAAGCGGACAUCAACGCCACAAAGGUGAAAAACAAGAGCAGCAAAUGA